AUGUAUAAGGGAGACCAGACCGCAUUCUGGGAGGAAGUGGUCCAACAUCUCAACGCCCUUGGACCGUCAAUUAGAACGGGUGCAACGUGGAAGAGGCUGCGCCAGAAUCGGGCAUCGUUGUUGGCGACUGGUGGCGGUCCUUUCCAUCAAAAGCCAUUGAACGACAUCGAGGAAAGGGUAGCCAGUCUCACCAACCUGAAGGCUACAAUAGCGGGCAACUCGGGUCAUUCUUACGGCAUGCCAAAAGCAACAGCUAUCAGUAACAACAACGAUAGCAACAAAAACGACAGCAACAACAACGACUGCUACAUCGAAAGCAACAACAACCACCAGCCAGACGAAGAUGUGUCUGAAGAGCGGGCCGCAGCACCUCCACCGGGGCGAAAAAGACGCGUUAAGCGUAAAAACACGGAGGAGGUGUUGCGGCAAAAUCAACAAAUGAUAGACCUCAUGCGGCAGAGCAUUGGGGUCCAAAAGCAACAAACAGAGGCCCUGAGGAAUGCCACAAGCGCCAUAGAAAGAGCAACCGAAUUAUUUAAAAAUAUUUCUAAGUAGUAUUAGUUUUUUAGUUUGUUAGUUAGUUUAGUUUAGUUAGUAUAAUUUAUUGAAAUCAAAUGAACUGCUUCCAUGAAUUUA